GGCUCGUAGUAGGCGUGGCUCUGUUCAGCCCCGCCUAUAACUAUCAUGGCUGUGUAAUUAUGAUCAUACAUGUCAUCAAAAAUUUGUUUUCUGAAAAUUCUCAAUUUGAAAACAGUUCAGGUGGAGAGGAAAGCAUUGGAGGAGGAUUUGAUUUAGAUCUAACUCUGGACAUGAUCUUGCUUGUUGCUUUUGUUCUCUUGUACCUGCUUCUGGCAAUCCUGUAUCUUUGGGUCGGUGUGAAUCAUGACAAAAUUCAAAUUAAAUUGACAUUAAAGUGUCUACCAUUGAUCUCAUUAAUACUGUGGUAUACAAUACAGUGGAGUAUAGGGGUCGGGCUGUGUGAGGAGGCAGUUAGAGGAACAAGAGGCGAAAGUUGGUAUUUUUACCUCACACUCUUUGCUCUCAUAGCAUCAGUAAUAGGUGAUGCACUACUCAACAUUCGUGUCGUCUCUCCACUGGGUAUUAUAUCAUUUGGCAUAGCCCAAAUACUGUUUUCAAUCAUAUUCGGAGCACAAGGUUUUCCUGGUUCAACAUGGCUGGAGGUGAUCCUUCUCCUAUUGCUUGUAGCUGGGAUUUGUUUGGGAAUUUUUCUUGCCAUACGCCAAAAACUUAAUGCCCUAUUCAAGGAGCAUUUUAAUAUUGGGAUACUUGUCAUUGUUGGGUUUUAUUUCUCAAUGAUAGCCACCAUGCUGUGGACUGCUCUACUUCUUCAUGUUACUGUGGGCACUCUUCAAUCUUUCUUUGGUUUGGUUGGUGGCGCUUUAUUCUUCAUCUCUGAUCUUUGUAUCUUGCUCUCUGGGAUCUAUUCCUCUCAUUGGUUCUUUAAGAAUAGGAUUAGCGUCAUGACGACAUAUUAUAUAGCUCAGUUUUUUAUUUCUAUAUCAGUUUUAUUGUUGUGUUCAGAUUUUUAAUCUCAAUUAUCUCAUACGUAGAUCUCUAUGAUCAUUUGCAUAUUUUUUUAGAAAUUAAUUUAAUAGUGAUAA